AUGUCAAUAGUCCACAUAGUUCUGUUCAAACUCAAGUCCUCACUGAGCGACUCUGAGAAGAAAGAGUUCUGCGAUGACAUGCUCUCUUUAAGAGGCAACUGUGUCCACCCGACGUCUCAGAAGCCGUAUAUUGUCGCAGCUUCGGGUGGCGUCGACAACAGUCCGGAGGGAGCACAGGGAGGCUUCACCCACGGGUUCGUCGUCGAGUUCGCUUCCAAGGAAGACCGAGACUACUACGUCUCACAUGACCCCGCUCAUCAAGCCUUUGUGAAGAAGAAUAGUCCCCGGUUUGAGGAUGUCAGAGUGAUUGAUUAUGAGAAGGGGGUGUAUUGA